UUUUAAAACAAUACUAAUAUACUGUUUUAAAAUAUAUCACUGUUAAUUUUUGGAGCUGCUUAAGAUUUUUAAUUUGUUUCUUUGAAUUGUAAUAUAUUAUUUAAAUUAAUUGAUAGAAAUUUGAGAGAUUCCCAUAAGUACAAUCUUCUCAAGCCUAAAGUACUACUCCGUGAUAGUUUUUUUUAUCUGCUCACAAGAACUGGAACGAAGCUUUGGUUCAUAGAUGCACCGCUUAUUGUUAGUUCAAUGUCGGAAUUACUGUUACACUCGAGCAAUUGCAUCAAAUUCUCAGAUUUCUCAAUUUGCUCGUUUGGGUCAAAUUCAGAAUGCCCGAAGGGUGUUCGACGAAAUGCCCAACAAAAAUGUGACUUCUUGGAACUCUAUAAUCACUGGGUAUUUCCAAAAUCACCUACCCAAUGAAGGACAGUGUAUCUUUGAUCAAAUGCCUGAGAGAAACAUAGUUUCAUGGAAUGGGUUAAUUUCAGGUUAUGUAAAGAAUAGGAUGGUGAAGGAAGCAAGGAAAGUGUUUGAGAAAAUGCCCCAACGAAAUGUCAUUUCUUGGACUGCUAUGGUCAGAGGGUAUGUUGAGGAGGGGUUCGUUGAGGAGGCGGAAGCCCUGUUUUGGCAAAUGCCUGAAAAGAAUGUUGUGUCAUGGACUGUGAUGAUAGGUGGGUUGAUUCAAGAAGGGAGAGUUGAUGAGGCUAGAAGGCUUUAUGACAUGAUGCCAGUAAAGGAUGUAGUUGUGAGGACUAAUAUGAUAUGUGGAUAUUGUCAGGAAGGUAGGCUGGAUGAGGCGCGCGACCUCUUUGAUCGCAUGCCGAAAAAGAAUGUGGUGUCUUGGACGGCCAUGGUAUCAGGGUAUGCCCAAAAUGGUAAACUGGAUAUUGCUAGAAAACUUUUUGAAGUCAUGCCUGAGAAGAAUGAGAUCUCAUGGACUGCAAUUAUAAUAAGCUAUGUGCAAUAUGGUAGAUUUGAAGAGGCGUGGAAGCUUUUUGAAGUGAUGCCUGUUAGAACUACUCCUGCUUGUAAUGCCAUAAUUCUUGGAAUAGGACAGAAUGGGGAGGUUGCUAAGGCGCGGAUGGUGUUUGAUCUUUUGAAGGAGAAGGAUGAUGCAACAUGGAGUGCAAUGAUCAAGGUGUAUGAAAGGAAAGGAUAUGAGUUAGAGGCGCUGGAUUUGUUUCAUCGAAUGCAAGUAGACAGGUUUCGGCCUAAUUUCCCUUCAUUGAUAAGCAUACUUUCAAUUUGUGCUAGUCUUGCAAGUCUUAAUUAUGGUAGAGAGAUACAUGCACAGUUAAUCCGAACCGAGUGUGAUGAUGACGUGUAUGUCUCUUCUGUAUUAAUUACUAUGUACAUCAAAUGUGGUGAUUUCGUCAAGGCCAAAUUAAUAUUUGACAGAUUUUCUCCAAAAGAUGUGGUCAUGUGGAAUUCUAUCUUAACAGGUUAUGCUCAACAUGGAUUAGGGGAUGAAGCUCUAGAAGUUUUCAGAGAAAUGUGUUCUUUAGGUAUCACCCCAGACGAGGUUACCUUUGUUGGAGUUUUAUCUGCAUGUAGCUACACUGGGAAAGUGAAAGAAGGGCAAGAUAUCUUUGACUCCAUGAAUUCAAAAUAUCAGAUGGAGCCAGGAACUGCACAUUAUGCUUGCAUGGUUGACAUGCUUGGUCGAGCUGGUCGCUUGAAUGAGGCGAUGGAUAUGAUCAACAAAAUGACUGUAGAAGCAGAUGCAAUUAUUUGGGGUUCUUUAAUGGGUGCAUGUAGGAUGCAUAUGAACCUAGAUUUGGCAGAAGUUGCUGCAAAGAAACUUUUACAGCUUGAACCCCAAAAUUCAGGGCCCUAUGUCCUACUUUCCAAUAUUUAUGCAUCCAAAGGUAAGUGGGCUGAUGUUGCUUCACUUAGGAAGUCAAUGCAGUCUAGGGAAGUGGUCAAAUCACCUGGUUGUAGUUGGCUUGAGGCAGACAAAGAAGUGCAUAUGUUCACUGGUGGAGAGAGCAUGCCCCAUCCCGAGCAUGAAUCAAUUCUCAAAAUAUUAGAAAAGUUGAGUCCUAUGUUAAGAGAAGCUGGUUAUAUUCCUGAUGGAAGCUUUGCUUUGCAUGAUGUGGAGGAAGAAGAGAAGUUGCAUAGCUUGAAUUAUCACAGUGAGAAACUAGCUGUGGCCUAUGGACUUCUUAAGGUGCCUCAAGGUAUGCCUAUACGAAUAAUGAAAAAUCUUCGAGUUUGUGGUGAUUGUCAUUCUGCUAUUAAGUUAAUCGCUAAAGUAACAGGAAGAGAGAUAAUUCUGAGAGAUGCCAACAGAUUUCACCAUUUUAAGGAUGGGGUAUGUUCUUGCAAGGAUUUUUGGUGACUGCUCUGUUGCUUUGUGCAUAAUUCAUUAAAAAGCGGCUUUGGUGCUGUGGUCAAUGCUGACUUUCAAUUAGCAUUCAACUGUAUGCAUUCACAUCUAAAUAGAUUGUGGAAGAGUAUCAUAAAACCCACAAAUGAUGAGCAUUUCAUCUCAAAUCACUGGAGAUAUUGUCUGUGUUUGUCGAACAAGUAUAGAGGAUUGUGUUGUAAACUCAAAAAAGACAUUUGUGAACAUAAAAGAAUGCAAAGAUUAAGAUGGAGCUAAUUUUUGUUCGAAUUUUAGAGAUGGAAGGGUUGAAGGUUAGAAAUCUUGAGCUUAAUGUCUAAUAUCAUGCUAAACAAUGUUCAGCACCAAGCCAGGCCACUCAUUAUUGCAAGUAUGCAACCUUCAGGACUGGAGUUCCACUUGCUGGAGCUGGUUUCCUGAGCAUGAACCCAGUCAGAAAAUUAGCAUGAACUGGGAUUAGGGCUGGGAACUUAGCUUUUGAACUAUGCUGAACAGACACGACUUAUACCUCAACUUGUCCUUUUUGCUAUGCAUUGCAGCAUCAGCCACGCUGAUGAACUGAAAUGGCCCUAAUCUAUCAAAAACAAUCUUGAUUCCCAUCUUGGCAUGCUUAAAUGUGUUGGCAUAAUUGCAGCUACUGUUAUCUUCAUCAGCCGCUUGGUAGUACAGAGUCACACUGGACAAAAGUUCAAGCGAAGGUAGUGUUUUGUAUUGCAUCCCUACCUACUCGAUGUCUUUACUGCCUAUAUCUGCAAAUGUUGAAAACGGGGUUUGAAUAAAAUAAAACCCGACUUUAUGGGGAUGAAACUCUGAGAAGAAAGGACUGCAUUCAGCAUUUAGUAGGACCUACAGGCCCAUAGUGUCCAGAAAGAAGUGAAGGUAUGGGAAUCAAAAAUAUGAAAUGAGCAAACAAAAGUUUGCUCCUCAAAUGGCACAGGAGGUACAAUGAGCAGGGAUGAAUUCUGCCUUACGGAAGAGUGUGAUAGCAAUAAAAUGAAGUGCACUAAACCAGUGGCUACUUCAUACAGAGUUGCAUUAUGGAAAUCAAUAAGCGUGAUGGCCAUACGACGUGUACGUCCAAUGAAGCUUACGAUUCACAAAUUUAGCCUAUCUCACCAUGUUUAAAAUCUUUAAGGGGCGUUUGUUACAAAGAUUAAUAAUGUAUGGAGUAAUCAUGCUGAGAUUAGUAAUGUUGAGAUUAAUAGUAUAGGGAUUAAUAAUGCAAGGUUUAUUUUUA